AUGCCAGUCCUCACUCAAUACACCUAUGUGUUCGUCAUCGGCACCUUCUUUGCUAUGUUGGAUGCCUUCAACAAUGGUGCCAACGAUGUUGCCAACGCUUGGGCUACUUCGGUCUCCAGUCGCAGUAUCUCGUACAGAGCUGCAAUGGUCUGCGCCUUGGUCUUUGAGCUUCUCGGAGCUCUGACAGUGGGUGCUCGUACCGCCGACACCAUCAAGAACGGCAUCAUUCCCAACGCUGCCUUCCAGGGCAAUGCCGGUGUUCAGAUGCUCGCUUUCACUUGUGCUCUUGCUGGUGCCUCCACCUGGGUCAUGUGGUGCACUCGUCACUCUGCUCACGUCUCCUCAACCUACUCUUUGAUCUCGGCUGUCGCUGGUGUCGGUGUUGCCACUGCUGGUGCUCGCAACGUUCAAUGGGGUUGGAACAAUGGCUCUGGUCUUGGUGCCAUCUUCUCCGGUCUUGCGAUGGCUCCCUUUGCCUCAGCAGUCUUCGGCAUGAUCAUCUUUUCCCUGAUCAAGUUCACCGUGCACAUCCGCCGCAACCCAGUCCCAUGGGCCGUCUACACGUCGCCAUUCUUCUUCCUCGUCGCUGGUACCGUGUGCGCUCUCUCCAUCGUCUACAAGGGUUCUCCCAACCUCAAGCUCAACGCUCGUCCACCCUGGUUCAUCGCCUCGGUCACUCUCGGCGUUGGCUUUGGUCUUUUCUUCCUUGCCGGUCUGUUCUUUGUCCCAUGGCUCCACGCCAAGGUCAUCAAGAAGGACCAGGAGCUCAAGGCUUGGGAAGUCAUCAAGGGCCCUCUCCUGUGGAGCCGCCCCUCGCACGCUUCGGAAGCCGCCGCUGCCAACGUCCCCAACUACGCCGUCGUCCAACACGGCGACGAGUCUGCUACCUCUUCCGUCGACGGUCACUCUGGUGCUUACAAUGACGAGAAGAUCGCCAUCGAUGAAAACUCCAGCCCCGCUGUCAACGAGCUCGUCGCUCCUCAGAAGUCGUACAAGGAGCUCGAGGCUGAGGCCACCGAGCGCUUCCACGCCAAGCUGCGCGCCGGCAAGGGACCUCUGGCAUGGGCCAUGCGAUUCUUGCACAACAACCCCAUGGGUGCCGGCAUGAUCUACGAGAGGCACAACCUGGUAACUGCGGUCAGGCGCAUUCCCGCCAUGAUCGUCGUUGGCGCUCUGUACGGUAUGAACUACGACAUUCACGCUGCUCAGAUGGGAACGGCCGGAACACCCGAAGGCGCCCGCAUGGAGAAGGUCUACAAUGCAGCUACCAAGUACCCCAACGAGGUCGAGCACACUUACAGCUUCAUCCAACUGAUCACCGCAUGCACCGCGUCUUUCGCUCACGGUGCCAACGAUGUCGGUAACGCUGUUGCUCCUUGGGCUGUCAUCUACUCUGCAUGGUCCACUGGAGAUGCAGCCGCAUCCAAGCUUCCAGUUCCCCUCUGGCAGAUUGCCGUGCUCGCCCUCGUCUUGGUCCUUGGUUUCGUCACCUACGGAUACAACAUCAUGCGGGUCAUGGGUUCCAAAUUGACCUACCACAGUCCUUCUCGUGGAACUUCCAUGGAGCUCGCAGCCGCCAUCACCAUCGUCAUCUUCUCUCAGUACAAGCUGCCAGUCAGCACCAGCAUGUGCAUCACUGGUGCCACCGUCGGUGUCGGUCUCAUGAACGGCAAGCUCCAAGCUGUCAACUGGCAACGUGUCGGUCUCCUCUUCCUCUCUUGGGUCGUCACCAUUCCCAUCGCUGGUCUGCUCGGUGGUAUCCCCAUGGGCAUCAUCCUCAACGCUCCUCAGUUCGGCCGUGUCUGA